AUGCUGCUCAUCCGCAAGCCGCAAGGCGGCCGAUUGCUCUUCUACUACUCAGCCGUGCAGCAGGAUGAUCUCUGUCGGCUGAUGGGCAAUGUGACCUAUCAGGAGUGGAUUGCCCAGGGUACCGAUGAGCUCUAUCUGAAUCUGCAGGAAGCCGAUCAGCCGUUCCAGCAUGUGGACUUCGACGAGGUUGCCAGGAAGCUCGCCGAGCAUGCGGCAUCCGUGGGCGGGGCCUGUGUGCUCAGGCUGCCUCUGUUUGGCUAUGAGUAUCUGGUCACGCGUCUAGCUCAAACCACGACACUCUUCGGCCACAUCAAACUGAUGAACUGCUAUUUGCAUAGCUAUAGCGGCUUGGGUACAGAUCGCAGGCGCUUCGAGCAGCCCGGCUAUGCAGUAACUGUGAAAAUUGAGGCUGCCCAUAGCUAUGAUUCGGAAACCCCAUAUCCACUGGAAGAGCUUCAGUGGUCUCCCAAACCGAAUCGUAUAAAUCUCAUACAGCUCUGCAGCUUGCUCCGUCCUGUUUAUAUCAAUGGAAUUGUGGACUUUCAUACCACGGGAAAUGUGCCGGCUGUGCCGCAGUACCUAAAGCGCUAUCGCUUGAGAUACUCGCCCAAGCCGAGAGCAGCGACAGCCGAAGACCACUCGAAUGUGCCCGAGACCCAACUCAUCCAAUGGUCUAGCACAGAGAAAGUCUGUGAGACUCAGCAGACUCAGCACAUCAAUGCAACAACACGAAAGGACACUGGCCCAAUCCUAAAGCAAAGAAAGUUGCAGUUUGUCGAUUAUGAUGAUGAUGAUUAG